UAUUGCCACCUAGUGGAAGACCCAGCUUAUAGCAUGUAGCUGACAGCCAGUCGAGGACCACAGCUCCAAAAAGUGUGUUUGAGCAGUCCAAAUCACAGGAGAUUACUUACAGCUGCGGUGAUAUCUCCAGAGGUUGUGGGAAACGACUUUCCUUCCAAACCAGUUUUACGCCAAAAAUGGACCGAAACUUUCACAGAACCUUUUUUUGGUGGAUUUUCCUCCUUUCCUCAAUUUCCACACUCACAGAAAGUCGGUUAAUUUACAACCAAGGAGGCUUUAGCACGACAAACUUCCACAUCCCAAGUUAUGGAAACUUCCAGAUUGAAGAAAUUGACGUCAAACAGCGGCAAACCACGGUUCCCCGACGGCCCCGACCCGUGGUUGUUAAGUGCUACCCGGACUCUAUGGACGUGGUGGUUCAGGCCGACAUGUUUGAUACAGGGCUUCAGGUUGAGGGCAGACACCUGCACCUGGGCUCAGACUUGGUGGGUAAAGGGAGUGCAUGUGGAGCAGAGCCGUCAGGAGAGGCCGAAUUUACCAUCAGGACCAAACUAUUGGAUUGUGGGACUUCACUCUCAUCAACUAAAGAGAAGAUAAUAUAUUCUAAUGUUCUGGUCUACUCACCUGAACCUUCAGCUCAUGGUUUGCUCAGACUGGAUAGAGUGACUUUACCAGUUGAAUGUCAUUAUGAAAAGAAGUAUGCGGUGAGUGGUAUUUCCCUGCAACCCACCUGGGUCCCUUUUGUCUCCAGGGCCUCAGCAGAGAAUCAGAUAGACUUCAGUUUGCAACUCAUGACUGAUGAUUGGCAGUUUGAAAGAGGAUCAAACUCCUUUUUCCUUGGUGACCAUAUUAAUUUCCAAGCAUCUGCCAUUAUGCGCCACCACAUUCCCCUGAAAGUCUAUGUUGACCACUGUGUUGCAACAGCAACUCCUGAUGCAGAGGCCACAUUAAGAUACGACUUUAUUGAGCAUCACGGGUGUCUCGCUGAUGCUUACCUGACAAACUCCAAAUCACGUUUUCUUCCAAGAGUUGAAGAGCACAAGCUUAGGUUUCAACUUGAUGCCUUUAGGUUCUACCAAGGAAACAGCAAUCAGGUCUACAUUACCUGCCAUGUGAAGGCUGUUCCAGUGGGGUCAGCUGUCAGUUCUCAAAAUAGGGCCUGCUCUUUAAUUGAAAAUAGUUGGAGGUCUAUUGAUGGGAAUGACCAGGCCUGUAGAAGCUGUGACCUCUCCUAUCGAGCUGAAGAACCUCCCUCCACAGAGCCUCCGGCAACCACUACCGCCACCACUGAAGCCUGGUCUUUCAAAACUCCACAACCGACUUUAGUCCAGGAGACACAUGAACACCUCCCUGCCAAAUAUUAUCGCGUUCGUCCAGGAAUGCCUCAGAGCCAACACAACAGACCUCGGCAGUCCCCUGCUGGGUUAAUGAAGAGAGGAGCACAGUACAAAGCAGAGCAAACCAUCCAGAUGGGACCCAUUAUUGUCCUGCAAACCAGCGAUACUGACACAGAGCCAACAGAUUCCAAAACAUCACUUUCACUCAAGAGCAGGAACAACAAGGACUCUUGAUAACACAAAGGAGAUUGAUUACAUAAAAAAAAAAAAAAAAAAAAAAAAAUUCUGCCUUUUUCAGUGAAAAUAUUAUGGCAACCCAUUGAAUUGCAGAGACUCAUCUCGUCAUUAUGAAUAUGACUCUUUGAUAGAAAAUGUUCCUGUCAACUACACUCUCAGCCUUCUGCAAAAUAAGUCUAUUUACUGUACAGUCCUCCUAAUGUCUGUGUAAAUUACUUUUCUCCAAUACAAUUUUAAUUUAU